GCAAAUCACUUUCCAGUAGUUUCACCACUGCGGUCCUGAUUCUCACAUGUAAAUUUAUUCUAUUUCAAGAUGGCGGGCACAAAUGGAAAACUUCACCCAGAGGUCAUGUGGGCACAGAGAGAUGACAAGUUAUUUUUAACAAUAAACCUGGCUGAUGUACGGAAAAAAGAUGCAAAAAUAGAGCUCAAAGAAGACAAAUUAAUUUUUAGUGGUAAUGGUGGACCAGAGAAACAUGACUAUGAAGCAGAGAUAGAAUUUUAUGCAGCUGUUAAGCCAGAGGAAUCAAAAUAUACUGUUCAAGCUAGAAAUAUCCCAAUGGUAAUAAAGAAGAAAGAAUCUGGUCCAUACUGGCCGAGGCUUAUUAAAAAUAAACAAAAGGUACACUGGUUAAAAACAGAUUUUGCCAAAUGGAAAGAUGAAGACGACUCUGAUAUAGAUGAUAAAGAAGAUAUGAACUUUGAAGAGAUGAUGUCACAGAUGGGUGGUUUCAAGGGUGGUUCAGGAAUGCAAGACUUGGAGGGCAUGGAAGCUUCACCAGAAAAUGAAGAGGAAGAUAGUGAUGAUGAAGAGUUACCAGAUUUAGAGUAGACUUUUUUAUAGGCUAUCAAGGUUUUCAUCUUGAAAAUAAUGACCUCUUCCUGUAACCAUGAAGAUUGUUGGUGGCUGGAACAUCUAGAGCCACAUAAUAAUCCAAGUUUAAGAGAAAUAAAUGAGACAUUAUGGAAUCAGGGCAAUUUUUUUUUCAUACUUUGAAGUCAAUAUUUUUAAAUUUUUGGAUAAAAUAACCAGAGGCCAAUUGAAUUUUAGGAAAGGGUUUUUUAUAACAAGAAUGACAUAUCCAAGCCAGAAAUACACUUUUUUCCCACUGCUUGUGAAAAAUCAAACUGCUUUAGGAUUGAAUGGAUUGUAUAUUAGCAAAUUGCAAGAUUAGUAUGCAUAAUGUUCAGAUCAGGAAGAGAAUAGAAAGUCAAAACCAGUGAUUUCUAUUACCAAGAUGUCAAGUUGUUGUCAGGAAGGCUGGAUUACAGUGCAAAGUGGAUCUACCAGGCAGGAGUGGAACUGUUUUAUU